AACUGGAGUCGCGGGAAAAAAGAGAAGAGGGUUUUUGAAGAUCUCGCGAGAUCGAGUGAGCGAGGCUAGCCAGAGUUAGGCGGUCUUUCGCGAUAGAUACAGGGAGAUUUCAGCAGGUGGGAGGGAAGGGUGGUGAGGACUCUCGCGAGACUUGAAGGUACCGCGGCGGCGGCCAGAGGGAGGAAAAGAGGACCGGAAGUCCUUCAUCUUGAGCGUCCUAUGUUGGAAGCGGCCUGACUUUCUUUGCCGGAAACCCUUUUCCAGGGGAUGGGAAGACGGCCCACCUGGCCGGAAGUCCCACCUCCUUGAGCUCCCCCACCCUUCCAGAAGUUUUUCUGUCACCUGUGCUUGCCUCCGUUCUCUUUCUCCGUUUUAUUCGUAUACCAGAGAAGGAUAUAGUUAGUGUCUCCCUCCCAGCUCCACUAAACGGGUUGGAUAUCUCACUCCCCGAGUCCGGGGUCCUUCCCCGCGCCCCCAUGUAGCUGGGAGGUGGGACCUGGGGGUGUUUGGACCCCUGGGAUCCUGGAGGAGGACCAGAGAGGGCACGGAAUUCGGCUUCUGCUCCUGCUGUCAGGAAGCGGCCUCCUGCGCCUCUCUGGUCUCGCUGCCAUGCACCCUGCGGCCUUCCCGCUUCCUGUGGUUGUGGCCGCUGUGCUGUGGGGAGCGGCCCCUAGCCGGGGGCUCAUUCGAGCGAUCUCGGACCACAAUGCCAGCAUGGAUUUUGCAGACCUUCCAGCUCUCUUUGGGGCUGCCUUGAGCCAGGAGGGACUUCAGGGCUUCCUUGUGGAGGCUCACCCAGACAAUGCCUGCAGCCCCAUUGCCCCACCACCCCCAGCCCCGGUCAACGGGUCAGUCUUUAUUGCACUGCUUCGAAGAUUCGACUGCAACUUUGACCUCAAGGUUGCUGAAUGUGGAGUGGGAGCCGGGAGAUUGAGGGUCCUCAAUGCGCAGAAGGCUGGGUAUGGUGCCGCUGUAGUACACAACGUGAACUCCAAUGAACUUCUGAACAUGGUGUGGAACAGUGAGGAAAUACAGCAGCAGAUCUGGAUCCCGUCUGUGUUUAUUGGGGAGAGGAGCUCCGAGUACCUGCGUGCCCUCUUUGUCUACGACAAAGGGGCUCGGGUGCUCCUGGUCCCAGACAAUAGCUUCCCCUUGGGCUAUUACCUCAUCCCUUUCACAGGGAUUGUGGGACUGCUGGUUUUGGCCAUGGGCGUAGUGAUGAUAGUUCGUUGUGUCCAGCACCGGAAACGGCUCCAGCGGAAUCGACUGACCAAAGAGCAACUGAAACAGAUUCCUACACAUGACUAUCAGAAGGGAGACCAGUAUGAUGUCUGUGCCAUCUGCCUGGAUGAAUAUGAGGAUGGGGACAAGCUGAGGGUCCUCCCCUGUGCUCAUGCUUAUCACAGCCGCUGUGUGGACCCCUGGCUCACUCAGACCCGGAAGACCUGCCCCAUCUGUAAGCAACCUGUUCACCGGGGUCCUGGGGAUGAGGAGCAGGAGGAAGAAACCCAGGGUCAAGAGGGUGAUGAGGAAGGGGAGCCAAGGGAUCACCCUGCCUCGGAACGGACCCCACUGCUGGCCUCCAGCCCUACACUUCCCACCUCCUUCGGCUCCCUAGCCCCGGCCCCCCUGGCUUUUCCUGGGCCUUCAGCAGACCCCUCACCCUCUACCUCCUCUUCAGCUGUCAUCCUGGUCUAACACUCUUUUUCCCGCCUCCCCCCUCCUCUUGUGACCUAUUUGCACAGCCCCACUUCCUCUCUCCAGGCUUCUGUGUGGAGAUAGGAACUCCAUCCUUUUGAGGGGGUUGGUGCAGAGGGAUGGGGGUCUUCACUUACUGGGUUAAUAAAAUUGUUUUUGUGGACUAAGGGUGAGAUCAUUCUCACACAGAUGAACUUCGUAUCCUUUGGGGGAAACUGCCCCAUUCUGCUAUAAAGGGGCAGGGGAGUGCUGAGAGGCCAACCUGCAGUCACAGGGGUAGCCCCAGCGGGCAUUUGUUGUGACUCAGAGGGGGAGCCCCACCCACAUGAUGACUCAACUGGCCCUGCCUUGCCCGCAGGCCUGGACCCAUUCUCUGGUCUGGAUGGCUCUGUUCCAUUAUCCACCAAUUCAGCUAGCACACUGAGGACCUAGGGCUGGAUAUGUCAUUGUGGAAGGGCUGGGCCAUCUGGCCAGGUAGGCCUGAAGCAGAUGUUUAAUCCUGGGCAUGAAAGCAAGAAGCUCAAAUUCCUAGACUUUGUAGUGCCUCACCCUUUUCUACCCCCAAACCAGGAUGAAGGCAGGUUGGUGACUGGCCUCCAUCCUGACACCCAGGCUAAAACCACACAGUACCUUGUUAGUAGAAUCUUUUUUUAUUCAGAAAAAAAAACCCAAAAAACAAAAAAGUUUUCCAACCACACACAGGAAGGGUAUGUAUGGGUAGGGGGAGUUGUCCAUCCAGCCCUGGCCCCCUGCCCAUGUGGUUUUGGCAGCAAUAAAGGGUGUAGGGUAAUGGCCCAAAAA